ACCUCACUGCACUGGUGCUGGGAAGUAGUGGCCUAGGGAAUCCAGUCCAGCAAAACACAGCCUGGGAAGGUGCGAUGGAGUGCACGCCUUCAUGCAGGAACGUUGAUGGAGAUCGAUAGAGUGCAUGCAGGGAUGCCGCGCAUUAGCGCCGUCUCCGCAAAACCUUCAACAACCUCCGCUCUCAGCCGUUCCAGGCCCAACCUUGCUCCCUCCGUGUCACUUUCCUGCAUGUAAGCGACUAUUUGGACGGUUUGGGUGGCCCGCUUCGCCUCUCCUCCGCAGCCUGACAGGAUGGAACAAGUGGAGGAGCGCGUUCAAGCUGCCUUUGCCAGCUGGCACGGUGUCAAUCACCUGAUCGCAUUCGGCGACUCCUACACCACCACCGGCUUCCGAGUCAACGGAGAGCAACCUCGCCCGGCCAACCCCUUCGGCAACCCGCAGUACCCCGGUCUCACCACCUCCAAUGGUCCCAACUGGAUCGAUUUUCUCACCACCACCUACAACGACACCUUCGUCAAGACCGUCAACUUCGCCUUUGGAGGCGCCACCGUCGAUCAAGCCAUCAUUCCCCAAUUCCUCCCCGCCAUCAAGUCGUUCAAGGACCAGCUAUUCGACUUCUACCUUCCACACUAUAGUGCUGCGCCCGUCUCGUUUCCCUGGAAGGCAUCCGACACUCUCUUCACAUUCUUCUUCGGCAUCAAUGAUGUCCACACAGCGAUCCUCAAACCGACUCCCGGCGCCAGCACAGCGCAGAUCCUGACGACGGCUGUGGCGAGAUAUGCCGCCUUCAUCGACGUUGUCUACCACAGUGGAGCCCGCAAUUUCCUCUUCAUCAACGUUCCACCCGUCGAGCGAGCUCCAACGGUGACGAUUAAGGGCGCGGCUGAAGUGCACGCACACGCUGAAGCCAUCGUCCAGUGGAACCGCGAUGUCUCUGCGCUCACAACCAAUCUUACGACCACCUACCCCGACGUCACCACCUUUCUCUUCGACGCAAACAGCCUCUUUAACCAAGUCAUGGAUGAGCCUUGCAGUUAUGAGGAGACGUGCGCUUUGGAGGACACAUCGGCGUCUUGUGAGCAGUACAUUCGGAACAAUCCCGCGACUUGGUACUCCAAGGACCCCGCUUGCCGGUAUGCGGUCGACCACUACUUCUGGCUGAACAUGCUGCACCCGACGUUUCGCAUCCACAACGUCACGGCGAAGUUGAUUGCGCAGCAGCUGCGCUGA